CUUGUUUGCUCCGCAGGCUGGCCCGCGCGGGCUGGGGGCAGUGAGAGGGAACGGAGUCCCGCAGCCGGGCAGGCACAUGCUCAGGUGCCACAAUGUUAACAAGAGCUUCCUCAAAAGUUUUCACAUUCUUUAAGAUGUUCCAUGGAUAUGAAGGGAGAGACCCUGAAGGCCACAGCAGCUGCAGAUAAAACACUACACAUGUAUCAUGAGCCCUCCGGACUGGUGGCCAGGACCCGGGCAGUGUGUGUGCCACUGAAAAUCAGCUCGCGUGCCGCAGGUUGCCUACCCCGGCACUAUACCGUUGCAGUCCCUAAUGUGAUACCAACCUCAUCCUGAAAUAAAGGCAGGCCAGCCUUCAGAUACUAAAAACAACUUGCUGACCCUCCUGGAGUGCCCCCAAUGUACUGUGCAGCAAUGUACAGCUAAGCUGCUGGCUGCAGGAGCAGGUGAAAUGCAGAAUAACAAGAUGACAGUCUUGUCAUCUACCACCAUCCCUGCUGAACAUCACUGGUGGAGAAUAAGUACUGGGGAAAAUACCUGUUGCUAAGAAAAUUCCAGCUCCCCUGCUCCCUGCUUCUGAAGCACUGUGUUCUGUUCCUGGAGAAAUAUUGGAAAAAAUCUCCUGCAGAAAGCUCACUCCUUGUGGGGAAGUACAUGCUGUCUUUAAUGGAGGCAGUGUCUGUGGGAGUGCCUGGCUCAUUCAGCUAGUGUGCCAGCAAGAGGAGGUUUCAGCUUCCACAAAGCAAACAAACAAAACCACCUCUGCCCCUAUCAUUCAUAUGGAUUGGACAGGAAUACCCAUACAUUAUAAAUUCUGUCCUGAUCAGUGGAUCCAACACGGGGGAAACUUUUUAUUAUUAUUUUUUUUUAACUUGUAAUAGGAGCACAUUUGUUGCAACACACCAUCAGGAAGCCAACGCUACCUUUUUCACAGUAGAAUCUCAGUGUGGGCAGUCGUGGUUUAGUGUGGAACUCCACAAACAGGGAAAUCUCCGAAGCAGGUUUAUAAUGACUUGCUCAUUUAGAAAAGUUAUAUAAUGCAGUCCCUGUCAUGAACUGAUGGGAGUUAGUGGACGGCUGUGACAUUGUUAAGAAGGCCUAAGAAGCCAAUCGCAAUAUGCCUUUGGAUAUUCCAUUGAUCAAAGCCUGACUUUAAUAAAAUGUGAUGGGGGAAAAGAAAAAGGCAGUAUCAAUUAAAAGUUAGCAGUAUGACAGGUCUGCCAGUCAUGAAACGGAUUCUGCUGGUGGUUUUACUGGCUGCUGCUGCGAUGUAUGUUAUACUUCACUGCAAUCUGUGGAAGACAAAUGUCUAUUUGCAUUCAGACACCUGUCUCCCACUUAAACUCCAGCAUGAUCCACAAACAAAGGGAAGACAGGCGGAGGAGCACAUAUCUAGCCGGCCAGACCUGAACCGACUGCCGCCUACGGCUACACGAAGAAAAUCUGGACUAGAAAAUUGUUCAUCGGACCCACCAUUUGAGUCUUUAUGGAAUGGUCAGAAAAUAUAUCCAUUCCUAUGUGUUAAUGACUUCAUGAAACUAGCACUGUCCAAUGGAAAUGAUAAGCUUGAGUUACCUUAUGGAAUAAAGAGAGCAGAGAGUUAUUUUCGCCUAGCCCUUUCAAGACUGCAUAACUGCGGACUAUUCAAUGAAGAUAAUGGUGUGAUCUGUAGAAGGUGUGUUGUUGUUGGUAAUGGAGGGGUUCUUCGAAACAAGACACUAGGGGAGAAAAUUGACUCCUACAAUGUGGUAAUAAGAAUGAAUAAUGGUCCCGUCAGAGGGUACGAAGGGGAUGUUGGGAAGAGGACAACUUUCCGACUUUUUUAUCCAGAGUCUAUUUUUUCAGAUCCGAUUCACUAUGAUCCUGACACUACUGUAGUUCUUCUUGUCUUCAAACCACAUGACUUAAAGUGGCUCUGGAACAUAUUGAAUGGUCAUAAAAUAAACACUAAUGGUUUCUGGAAGAAACCUGCCUUGAAAAUGAUCUAUAAAGUUAACCAAAUCAGGAUACUCGAUCCUAUCAUUAUCAGAAAAACAGCACAUGAAUGGCUUCAGUUCCCAACAAAGUUUCCCAGAAAAGAAAAACCCAAACAUCCUACAACAGGGCUAAUUGCCAUCACACUGGCAUUUCACAUAUGCAAUGAAGUUCACGUGGCAGGCUUUAAGUACAACUUCACUGACCGAAACAGUUCUUUGCACUAUUAUGGCAAUGAGACCAUGUCUGAGAUGAUUGAGAAUGGAUACCACAACAUCAUUGCUGAGCAAAAGUUUUUGAAGUCGCUUAUAGAUAAGCAGUUUGUGGUCAGCUUGACAUGAGACUGAAUAGACAAUGGAAGAGUGAUCGCUAUUUUCAACAAGAUAGAUUUUAUUUUUUGUACUGUAUUUUUAUUUUUUAAAUGCCAUAUCAGUUACAGAAAUAUUUAAAAGAAGCACAGAUGCCUCACAAAGGUGGUGGUAGCGGAGUUCCACUGUCUAAGACUGAUGAUGAUUGUCGCUAUCUCGGGACACACAACUAGAGUGAACUGAUUUCUGUGAAUCUAUUUAAUUAUGAAAAAAUACAACCUUCAGCUAAAAAAUAUCAGGGAUAUAUAAAAAUAUGAUGCACACCAUUUAUUUAACAAUAAGAACAUUUUUCAACAACUG